GGGCAGCCUCUAUAUUCUUAUCUGAAGCUUCCCCUCCCUAGUUCUAGCAACAAAACUUUCCUGAAGCUAGGUUUACCUAAGAGCUGUUCAUCAUGUCGCACUCUCACGACGGUCACUCUCACUCUCACGAUGGAGGCUUCAAUGCUGUUGAGCAUGGCCACUCGCAUGAGAUCCUUGAUGGUCCGGGAAGCUUCUUGGGUCGCGAGAUGCCAAUCGUAGAAGGACGAGAAUGGUCCGAGAGAGCCUUCACUAUUGGCAUUGGAGGCCCCGUCGGUUCCGGAAAGACUGCCCUCAUGCUCGCCCUCUCCCUCGCUCUCCGAAAGGAAUACUCCCUCGCAGCCGUGACGAACGACAUCUUCACCCGCGAAGACGCAGAGUUCCUUACCCGAAACAAAGCCCUCCCACCUCCUCGCAUCCGCGCCAUUGAAACCGGUGGUUGCCCGCACGCUGCUGUGCGUGAAGAUAUCUCCCAGAACCUCGCUGCAUUGGAGGACCUGCACCGCGAGUUCGACACCGAUAUUCUCCUUAUUGAAUCAGGAGGCGACAACCUCGCUGCGAACUACAGUCGUGAAUUGGCCGAUUUCAUCAUCUACGUUAUUGAUGUCAGUGGUGGUGACAAGAUUCCUCGAAAGGGUGGCCCUGGUAUCACGCAGAGUGACCUCUUGGUUGUCAACAAGACCGAUCUGGCUGAGAUUGUCGGUGCAGACCUUGGUGUUAUGGAGAGAGAUGCUCGAAAGAUCCGAGAAGGUGGACCAACAGUCUUUGCACAGGUGAAGAAGGAUGUUGGCGUUGAUCAUAUUAUCAGGUUGAUCAAGAGCGCAUGGAAGGCCAGUGGUGCAGAGGAAGAGAGACGAAGCAAGGGAGGUCCCAGACCAACAGAGGGUCUGGAGCAGCUGGAGUAAACAUCACAUAUAUAUCAAAAAGAACACUAUUGGAAAUAGUCAUAUAAGAGGAAAGAAAAAAAACGCCAACUUUUAAUUCUAAAGGUAUACUGG